AUGCGAGCCUCGACAGGAACUGUUGCUGAAGACUUUUACACCUCGCCAACGAGCUAUCAUACCAACGACGGUUAUCUGUCCCCUAAAGUCGUUGAACGACGAGGCGGAUUCUUCAGUGUUGACAGUGGAGAUCGUCUCGAAGCUCAUCCCAUAUCCACCAAAACUUACAAGGACGCGAACCAUUCCACGAAGCUGAAGACAUCUUACGCAAUCCGACCAAGAAGCCAGACUACUACCGAUUCUGGUCGACGCCCGUUAAGCCUACAUAUUCCACCGUCAACGACGUCGUCAAGCCGAAAGGGCCCUGUUGUUACCUCCGCAUACGAAAGGUCAACGAGUCCUCUACCGCCGCGCGCAUCACAUUUUCGGGAUAAGCCAGAACGCUACGUUUCUCCAGCCACUUCCGGUCGGCCUCAUAAACGCAUUCUCAGUUCGGAUUAUACAAGUGAUAGCGGCUACGGGAAAUCGACCGAGAAACAUGGACCUCGAGAGACCCGUUAUCAUGUCUACCGAGCUGCAGGCGUGUCACGCUAUCAUGCUUACGGAGAUCCCAGACAGUGGGAUGAUUCCAAGUAUUACGAUGCUUAUUCGUAUACAAGUCCCCGAGAAAAUUUCGAGAAGGAAUCAGCUGCAAGAAGCUCGCAGCGAACUCGUAGCCGAGCUGGGCGUCCGACAAGCAUGAUGGCUACCAACAAUGCCCUGAUCCGCCCGGCACAUCUCAAAGAAUCAAAGAGAUUACCAUCGUCCCAUCGCGGGUCAGAACGGCAUCCUACUGAAGACAGACUGCGUAUCACCAAUGGCCGAGAGUACACAGACAGCGAAAGUUACCGAGACCAUCAGAGAUAUCCGCACCAGCAACAUCUUGUAGUCCAUCAAGAUAGAGAGGACGGGUACCAGUCGUUCACGGAUGAUCACAAGCAUUCCAGCCGUCAUCGUCACCAAUCUCGUCCACGAGAGCCUCGUAAAAAGCACGUCGAGGACUAUUUGAGUCCAGUGCUUGGUGGACUUGCUACUCUUGGGUUGGCCAGUGGUUAUUCAGAUGACGGUAGGGAUGGUCGCUCAGACAGGCAUCGCUCACGAGAUAUCGGGCAUGAUGACCGCGACUAUUAUAAAGAUCGAGAGCGAGAGAAGGAGGCAGUUUCAGGGGAUGAGCGGAUCCGUCAUCGUCAUAGGCGUCGCAGGGAUCGGUCCCAGCGGCCUGGAUCAUCAUCAGACUCGGAAGAUUCUAGCUCUGAAGGGCACUCACGACGACAACGACGUGAGAAAUCUUCUUCGCGAAGGAAACAUGAUUCAAGCAGUUCUGAGGGAGCCCGUGAUCGACGCACCAAGCAAGACUCUGAGAAAUUGCUUUCUGUACGAAAGGAUGAUGGUAAUAGACGAUCUGUAGAUGGUCAAAGUGUUGAGCGUCCUCGAAAGCCAGUAGCUGUCGAGCCUCCCGCGGUGAAGGAGCCAGAAGCACCACCGAAGGGCAUUCUCAAGGCGCCACGGGAGAAAUUCCCUGAAGAUGAAACCCAUAUCCGAGAAGGCGUGGCACCCCUCAAAGAUGCACAGAAGAAUGGUAUUCCGUCGGGAGCUCGAUGGACCAAGAUUGAUCGACGACUUGUCAACCCAGCUGCACUUGAAGUAGGCCAUGAGCGGUUUGAGGAACGGGCUGAAUAUGUGAUUGUGCUCCGGGUGUUGACAAAGGAGGAGAUACAAGCUUAUGCGGUGAAGACGCAAGAAAUUCGAGAUGCUCGUUACAAAGCUGCCCAAGAAGAGCGCCGUAAACAGCGGGAAGAACGACGUCGCAAUGGCCAACUCGAUAGCUCCUCUAGUGAUGAUGAGGAUGACGACGAAGAGGAGAGUGCACCUCUAGCUAUCGAACCAGCUUCGGUGAAGGACGACUUUCCGGUGCCGCGAGGCAAGGACCGGGUCGCCCCUGACGUUGCGGCAGAGGUGAAGAAGUGA